GAACUCACUCUGUUGACCAGGCUGACCUCGAACUCACAGAUAUCCAUCUGUCUCUGCCUCAUAAGUACUGGAUGAAAUGAAUGUACUACUACCACCAGUUGCAAUUAAAUGUUUUGUUGUUGUUGUUGUUUUUAAAAAGAAGCAACACAGCAGGCCCAGUUUGUAUUUCCUGGGGUUAUCUAGCAACAUAGUAAGUGAUCCUAUUUGGCUGUCCUUGUCCCAUAUGGUUCCAUCUAAUGUGAGAAGUUUUGUGUGGCAGUUGCCAGCAUCAUGUGAUUUAUGAUCUCAGUUUUGAUCACCGUUGUUGUCACUUCCCCUUCUCUUGGAAAUAUGUGGCAUGUUUUAGGAAUCCAUGACCUUUGAGGAUGUGGCUGUAAAGUUCAGUAUGGAGGAGUGGGCACUGCUGAGUCCUUCUCAAAAGAAGCUCGACAAAGAUGGGAUGCAGGAAACAUUGAGGAACUUGGCUGCCAGAGGUAGGAGGUCACCUACGAUCUGGGUUCUCAAUCCUUUUAUGUAUAAAGAUAAUCCUCAUGAAUUCAAGCCAUGUGAAAGAGAUAUUUGUAGAAAUGUCUUCAAUUCAUCCUUAAAUGUACUUAUCAGGGUUCAAAAUGGACACAAACCAUAUGAAUAUCAGGAACUUGCAAAGUGA